AUGUCGCGCUCCUUCUAUGUCGACUCGCUCAUCAUCAAGGACUCCUCGAGGCCUGCGCCCUCGCUGCCCGAGCCGCACCCGGGGCCGGAUUUCCUCAUCCCGCUGGGCAUGCCGUCCCCUUUGGUGAUGUCCGUGUCGGGGCCCGGCUGCCCAUCCCGCAAGAGUGGAGCGUUCUGCGUGUGCCCUCUCUGCGUCACCUCGCACCUGCACACAGCUCGCGGGCCGGCUAGCGCCGGCAGCGGAAGCGUAGGAGCCGGGGGUGCAGGGGCUGCGGGCGGCGGAGUUGCUGGGGGCGCGGGGGCCCUGCCCCUGCUCAAGGGCCAAUUCUCUUCUGGUCCUGGGGACGCGCAGUUUUGCACGCGGGUGAGCCACGCGCAUCAUCACCACCACACGCCGCAGCAUCACCACCAUCACCACCAGCCCCAGCAGCCGGGCUCGGGGACUGCAGCGGCGGCGGCAGCGGCAGCAGCGGCGGCUGCCGCGGCCUUGGGGCACCCACAGCACCACGCGCCUGUCUGCACAGCCACCACCUACAACGUGGCGGACCCGCGAAGAUUUCACUGCCUCACCAUGGGUGGCUCGGACGCCAGCCAGGUGCCCAAUGGCAAAAGGAUGAGGACGGCGUUCACCAGCACUCAGCUCCUGGAACUGGAGCGGGAAUUCUCUUCCAACAUGUACCUGUCCCGACUCCGGAGGAUCGAAAUCGCCACUUACCUGAACCUGUCGGAGAAGCAGGUGAAAAUCUGGUUUCAGAACCGCAGGGUGAAGCACAAGAAGGAGGGGAAGGGCACGCAGAGGAACAGUCACGCGGGCUGCAAGUGCGUCGGCAGCCAGGCUCACUAUGCGCGCUCCGAGGACGAGGACUCCUUGUCGCCGGCCUCGGCCAACGAAGACAAGGAGAUUUCCCCCUUAUGA